AUGUCUGCUGCCGAACUUUACCCGGAUGCGUUCGUCAAGAUAUCGCUCGACGAAAUCGAGAUCGAGAAACAACGAGAUCCAGCGGCUGAACCGUGGCAUCACAUAGGUUCUGCUGCGUAUAAGGGAACGGAGAUUAGCUUACUACACGCCCUCAAGACGCAGUACCCGGGACAUGUGGCGAUGCUCACCCGUAACAUCAACGUCUUAGGGAUGCCCGGCGCUCAGGUAAGGCCCAUCGCACAGGACGAUCUCAUCACGAACAUCGUCUUCGCUUCCUUUCCCCGCAGGAGUGAGCGUGCUGGCUUGCUUCUAUCCCGAAUCCAAUUCGGUGGCUUUCAUUUGAACUAUAAGGAUCACGACUAUCUCGUGUAUAUCAUAGAGUACCAAAAAGACGGGCCGUGGGAUUUCUUUCAGCAGUAUGUUUUACACAAGGAAUCCGGGACGCCUAUCUACGAGCUUCUGUAUGACGCGGGGGCGAUACUCAGGAAGAUCAACAGCUCUGUUCUCGUAUUCGAGCAAGGUUUCUGGUUUCGCGAUGGUUUAUUAUGGAGAGAACUUCAAGAUGCUGACUGGGAGGAUAUCAUCCUCGAGGAAGACUUCAAGGAUAACCUCCGGCAAGAUGUGUACAACUUCUUCGAGUCUGAAAGAAUGUAUCAACAGUAUAAGCUACCCUGGAAGCGUGGCAUCAUACUUUACGGUCCACCUGGAGACGGAAAGACGGUGACGCUCAAGGCACUGAUGAAGGAUUGCGAUAUGUUGGGAUACAUACCUCUCUACGUCAAGUCGUUCAAGAGCAGGUUCUUCAACGAGGAAGAGUGUAUCGCCAAGGUCUUCCAGCAGGCGAGGCUUCAAGCUCCCUGUCUCGUGGUGUUCGAGGACGUGGACUCGCUGAUCAACAGCGAGAACCGCAGCGUUUUCCUGAAUCAACUGGACGGUAUUGCGGGUUCUGAAGGGGUAGCUGUCCUUGCAACGACGAAUCAUUUUGACCGCCUUGAUGAGGGUAUCGCGGACAGACCUUCUCGUUUUGAUCGCAAGUUCCUAUUCGAUGAUCCCGAGCGCCAUGCGCGCUUGAUGUAUGCCAGAUACUGGCAGAACAAGCUAAAGAACAGCGAUAACGUCAAGUUCCCUGACGAACUAACCAUCUCAGUCGCGGACAACACUGAGGGGUUCAGCUUCGCAUACCUGAAGGAGGUCUUUGUUUCCGCCCUUACCGCGGCUCUCAAAGCCCACGAGCAUGGCCGCGACAUCUCCUUCCCCGACCAGAUCCACCGUGAGAUUCGCAAGCUACGCGAGCAGAUCGACGGUCCCUCGCGCGACGAUUCAGCGCCGCGGUAUUACAAAGGCUACACGACAGGUGCAUGGCUCACCUCUCGCCGGCAGGCGCAAGCAGCGAGACCGAAGAACGCAGGUUUACCAACCGAGCCGCGUGGAGUCAUCGAGCCGCCCAAGCCUCGGGUGCCAGACGAGGAUGGAAUAUUCACUGCUACUGCAUCUGCGCAGAACGAAGGCAUUAUGCUGCCACCUGAGGUGCAGAUGCAGUAUGACGAGGACUUCCGCGACUUCGUAAAGUCCCGGAACUUGCGCCUGUAG